AUGAGUUCAGAAAAGCAAAGCGUGAUUCCAAACCGCGCAAAUAUAAAAGGGGAAGUUAAUAACAACCCAAACAAUCAAAUAAAUGAUGUAUCAAAUUCUCCUAUAAAUAAUAAUUCAAGCAUCGUUGAAAAUGGCCAAGAUACAGUUGAAACAAAUAAAAAUAGUGUAAAUACAAAUAUACAAAAUGACAAAAUCGGAGAAAAAAAUGUUAAUGAACAUUCUAUGCCACAGAAAAGAAGACCAACAGAGAGGGAGAGAAGAACACAACGAAUCGAAAAAGCCAAAACUGAAAAAGUAGAUGCAGGUAGAAGAAGAGGAGAAAGGGAUAGAGCAGAAAAUAAAAAAGAAGAAAAUAAAAAAGAAGAAAAUAAAAAAGAAGAAAAUAAAAAAGAAGAAAAUAAAAAAGAAGAAAAUAAAAAAGAAGAAAAUAAAAAAGAAGAAAAUAAAAAAGAAGAAAAUAAAGGAGAGGAAAAUAAAGGAGAGGAAAAUAAAGGCGAAGAAAAGAAAGGCGAAGAAAAGAAAGGCGAAGAAAAGAAAGGCGAAGAAAAGAAAGGCGAAGAAAUGGAUAAAAAAGCUGAAAAAGUAGAUGCUGAAAAAGUAGAUGCUGAAAAGAAAGAAGAAGAAAAUAAAGGAGAAGAAAAUAAAGGAGAAGAAAUGGAUAAAAGUGAGAAGGUAGAUGCUGAAAAGAAAGGGGAUGAACAGAAAGGAGAUGAAAAGAAAGGAGAUGAAAAGAAAGGAGAUGAAAAGAAAGGAGAUGAAGGAGGUAAAAAUGAGAAGGAAGACGGUGAGGAGACAGACAAUAAAGAGAUGUUGGGCAAAGCAAAGCUAGAGGAAGAAAAUCAAUUAGUAGAAUCAAAUGUUGAAAAAGAAGAAGGAUAUCGUAACCAUUAUGCAUCUGAAAGUAUUGAAAAUUUAUGUAAAGAAUUUGAUUUAGCAGAUGUAAAUACAGGGUUGAAUUUUGAACAAGUCAAAAUAAAUAGAGAAAGAUAUGGAGAAAAUCAUAUUGAAAAAGAUUCAAUAACUCCAAUAUGGUUAAUAUUUUUAUCACAAUAUUAUAGUCCCGUUGUUAUGUUGUUAUUAAUUGCAGCAUUGGCUAGUCUUGCAUUAAAUGAAGUAGUAGAGGGAAUAUCAAUAAUUACUAUUGUUACGUUAAACGCUUGUUUAGCUACAUAUAUGGAAAAAUCAUCAGGAGAUGCCAUAGCAAAAUUAGCUGAAAUGGCAUCACCACAAUGUACAGUAUUAAGAAAUGGCCAAAAAAUGAUUAUACCAUCUCGUGAUGUUGUUGUAGGAGAUGUUGUUGUAAUAACAGCCGGUGAUUCUAUAUCUGCAGAUUUAAGAUUAAUAGAAGUUAUAGAAUUAAAAACUAACGAAAGUUUAUUAACAGGAGAAUCAGAAGAUAUUAAAAAAUCGUUAGUUCCAACAGAUUAUACAACACCUUUUUGUACAAACUUAUGUUUUGCUACUACAUCUGUAACAAAUGGAUGUGGUAAAGGUAUUGUUAUAUCGACAGGACUAAAUACACAAGUUGGAAAAAUAGCAUCUCAAUUAAAAAAAUCAAGUGAAGGAAGUAAAUUAACACCAUUACAAGUAUCUUUAAAUAGAUUAGGAGGAUUAAUAGGGUUAAUUGCUAUUAUAGUUCUUAUGUUUAUUAUAACACUUGCUAUUUUAAUUAAUUAUAGAGAUCCAGCACAUGCAGAUAAAGAUCCACUUUUGGUAAUAAUAAUUAUUGGUGUUGGUUUUGCAGUAUCAUCUGUACCCGAAGGUUUGCCUAUGGUGGUUACUAUUACAUUAUCUGCUGGUGCAAAAGAUAUGGUACGAAAAAAUGCAAAUGUUAGAAAAUUACCAGCUGUUGAAACAUUAGGAUGUUGUUCAGUUAUAUGUUCUGAUAAAACUGGUACUUUAACAGAAGGUAAAAUGACAGCAAUUAAUAUUGUUACGUUUUGUAAAAAUUCAAAAUUACAUGAUAAAAAUGAAUUAACAAAAACUUAUGAUUUUUAUCCAACUAAAGGAUUUGAUCCAUCUGGUGGUAUUUUUGAUUCAUUAGAGUUAACAAGUGAAAUUAAAAAAAAAAUAGUUUUAGCAAAAAAUAAAAAUAUAUCUUAUGAUUCAAUCUUAAAAAAUUAUGGUAAUCCCGAAAAUAAAAAUUUAAAUGUAUAUAAAACAAGAUCAUUAAUGUUAGCUGCUUAUUUAAAUUCAUAUGAUACUACAUUAUCAAAAAAUUUAAAAACUGGAAAAUGGGAAAUCCAAGGUAACAUGAGUGAAGGACCCAUAGUAGUUGCUGCAGCAAAAGCAGGAUAUAACAUUUUUAAUGAUUCUGAAAAUGAUUCUGAAAAUUAUCUUAAAAAAUUUAAAAGAUUAGAAGAUUUAGAAAUAACAUUUAAUUCGUCAAGAAAAAUGAAAGUCAUAUUUUAUAAGCUUAUUGAAAAUAAUAAAUUUGAAAAUAUAAAUUUGAAAAAUCAUCAAAAAAAUGUUACAUACACACAUAUAGCAUUUAUAAAAGGAGCACCAGAUAAACUUAUAGAUAUAAGCACAAAUUUAUUAAAAGAAACACAAGAAGAAAUUCAAGUUUCUUGGGAUAAACAAAUUAAUGAAAAUGAAAAAUUAAUUUUAACUAAUAAAAAUAUUGAAUUAUCACAAAAAGCAUUAAGAGUUUUAGCUGUAUGUAUUAAACCCUUAACAGAUAAACAAAUAGAACAAUUAAGAACAUAUGAAGAUGCAGAUGAGAGAUUACAAUUUAUUAAAACUGAUGAACAAGGUGGAUUUAUCCCAUUAGGUUAUAUUGCAUCUUUUGAUCCACCAAGAUCGGGAGUUAAGGAAGCAAUACAAACUUGUAGAAAUGCUCAAGUUAAAGUUAUUAUGAUUACAGGAGACCAAAAAACAACAGCUAUUGCUAUUGGUAAGUUAAUUGGCUUAAUUAAUAAUAAAAAAUCGGAAGAUGAGAUAAGAGACAAUGAGCAGCAUGGUGUAGAUAAUAAUGGCAGUAGUAGUAGUAAUGGCGACAUGAUUCAGGCCAUAGAGUGUUCAGAAUUGCAUAUUAAUAAGAACCCAAAUGAACCCAUUUUACCAGAUGAUGAGUUAGAUAAAUUUGUUGACAAUAUUUUAAUAUAUUCUCGAGCCCAACCAGAAGAUAAAAUAACUAUUGUACAAUCUUUAAAAAGAAAAGGAUAUUUAGUAGCUAUGACUGGAGAUGGUGUUAAUGACGCACCUGCUUUAAAAGCAGCAGAUAUUGGAGUAGCUAUGGGAAUUAACGGAACAGAAGUUGCUAAAGGUGCAUCUGAAAUGAUUCUAAUUGAUGAUAAUUUUUGUACAGUUGUUAGUGCUAUAGAUGUAGGAAGAACCAUAUAUUCUAACAUUCAAAAAUUUGUUUGCUUUUUACUUGGAACAAAUAUUGGAGAAAUCUUAUAUUUAUCUAUUUCUAUAAUUACACAAAUGCCAUUUCCUUUAGAAGCAUUGCAAAUAUUAUUUUUGAACUUAAUGACUGAUGGAUGUCCAGCUGUUGCUUUAUCAAGAGAACCACCAAAUGCUGAUAAUAUGAAAACUCCACCUCGACCUAAAAAACAACCAAUAAUGACAAAAAAAUGGUGGUUAUAUGGAAUUAUACCACAUACAAUUUUUGAAGCUAUAUGUGUUUUAUUAUCAUUAGCCUUUUCAUUAUAUAUAUGUACAGGAAGUUACACAUUAAAUGAUAUACAUAAUUCAUGUAAAACUGUUAAUAUCCAAAAUGCUUCUAACCCAUCAGAAUCUUUUGAAUAUAAAUAUUUUUGUAGUACAUAUGAAUAUAGAGUUUCACCAGAUUAUAUUGGUUGGAUAACAAAUCUUAAUUUUUGGGAUCCAAGAGAAAAUAAGCCAGUAACAUUUUGGGGAGCAGCGAAAGGAAAAAUCAAAAAUAUUACACCCACACAUGAAUCAAUACAUCAAGAUAUAAGAAUAAUUAUGCAAGAUGGUUGUUUAGGAAAUUUAGAAGAAGAUGAAUAUGGUUGGUGUAAACCACCAAGUAAUGUAACUGCUCAAAGUAAUGAUGAACAUAUUAAUGGUACAUUUAAUAAACAUUUUGAAGAUAUAUCAUCAAAAGGAUCAAAACGAGGUAGAACUAUUGCCUUUAUAUCAGCAGUUUGGUGUGAAAUGCUUAGAGCAUAUACUGUAAGAAGUUGGGAACCAUUUUAUAAAGUUUUUAAUAGAAAUAUGUGGAUGCAUUUGGCUUGUAGUAUAUCAGCUACUAUGACAUUUUUAGCUACAUGUAUUCCAGGUAUCACAGCAAUCUUAAAUACAACAUGCUUAUUGUGGUGGCAAUAUUUAUUUGGCAUAUUUUGGGCUAUGGUUAAUCUUAUUUUAGACGAAAUAAUCCCAAAAGUUAUAUACAGAAGAAAAUAUAUGUCAAUAAAAAAUUAG